AUGCGGAAGUCUGAGUUUAUUAGGAAAUACCUGAAGAUGUGGUGGAAGUCUCGAAAAGGCUUAGGUGCUACACCAGUGUCAACCAAAAAAGGUGCGACUUUUCUUCAGCCUACCCAAGGAACUUCGAGAUCGAAUUUGGAGCGAAGCUGUAGUAGAUCUUCCCGGACUGAAUAUUAUCAUCAAGCCUCGAAAGGAUGGUAGGGGAUAUUAUGCUUGCCCCCCACGUGCUGGGGAUGUAUUUGGUACGCGAGAUGCAGACUUGUACGUAUUUGCUUUUUGAAUAAGGUGUCCAGUUGAAUACUAUCUCACUUAGCGAUGUGUUGACAUCUAGAUAAGAUGCUAACUUUGUCUAUCGCAGUGCACUCAAUGAAGUUUACAAAUCCUUACUUAAAGUGCCACCCGAAAGCAAUUGUAAAUUCCCUAUAAAUCGACUCGAUACAGAUGUCUUAGUAUUUCCGGAAUUCUUCAAAAUCAAAGACAUUCAAGCGUUAGCAGAGCAGAUGGAAGAAAGCAUGGCCGCCAACGUCAAAAGCAUUUGCAAAUGGCAACCGCUUUCGGGCGAUGAUUUCGGGCCUCCAGGCUCUGGGCCCGGGAGCUUUGAUAUCCCCCUCGACCACCACUAUGACUCUCUAUCACUGAUUAGAAGCAGAAUCAAGAUCUUCGAGUCAUUUCCAACCUUGGACGAAAUCAUUCUUUCGACGAAAAGACUGCUUACGGAUGAUAUCCCCACUUCCGUGGAUAUGGAGUGCUUUUACGAGGCAAAUAGGUUUUCUGGCGAGGUACGGAAGAGAAGGAAGUCGAGACGGUCGCUCGAACUAGAGAAAUGGGCCCUUGAAUUUGCUUGGGAAAGCAAUUUAAGAGCUUCUGGUAUCGAUGUUACUGGUCGAUCUCUUUCUAUUGUGCAAUUACAGUGGUGGGCAAGCUAGGUUGGUGUCUCUAAAGCUCCUGUGAAAGACAUGUCACAGCUUUAGAAUUUUAGCGUAAGCUUCAGAGAAUCGAUAUUUAUGAGUCUUCUU